UGUUAUUUUUUUUUAUUUAAUUUCAGAAACGGCUCCAGAAAGAGUUAAUGGCCAUACAGAAGGAACCACCACCCGGUGUUAGCGUCAAUCCAAACAAUAUCGGUCCAAAUCUAACCCAAUGGGUGGUGGACAUGGAAGGUGCUGCAGGGACCCUUUACGAGGGCGAAAAGUUCCAAUUAUUAUUUAAAUUUAGUCAGAAAUAUCCAUUCGAUUCACCAGAAGUCACUUUCAUUGGGCCAAAUAUUCCCGUACAUCCGCACGUCUACAGCAACGGUCAUAUUUGUCUAUCGAUUUUGACAGAGGACUGGUCACCCGCUCUCUCGGUACAAUCCGUGUGCCUCAGUAUUGUUUCUAUGUUGUCCAGUUGCAAAGAAAAGAAACGUCCACCCGACAAUUCCUUGUACGUGAAAACGUGUAGUAAAAAUCCCAAGAAAACGAAGUGGUGGUAUCACGAUGAUUCCGUCUGACAUCAAAGAAUUUAGGCAUUGCGAGAGAUUCCAUGUGGCACCAACACCGAAAAGUCAAAAAAAGUAAAAGUAUAUAUAUAUAUAUGGACGAUAAUUUUUUUAUUUGAGUCACUGGCACCAGCAAAAUCUGUUACCAAAGUUUUAUUUCUUCAUCGGUUUUUGUCUUUUUAUUAUUACAUUGUUCUUUUAAAAAAUAAAACAGAGAACACGUGUAUGUUUACUGUACUGCUAAAAAAACGGUGAUAAAAUUUCUGUAUUGCUGGACAACUGGCGAUAAAGUUAGCUGUAUUGCUGGAAAACGCUGAUGAAAAAUUGGUAUUGCUGGAAAGCUGGCAAUAAGGUUUUGCUGUAUUGCUGGAAAACGGGGACGAUGAAAUUGCUGUGUUGCUGGAAAACCGGCGAUAAAGUUACUGUAUUGCUGAAAAACCGAUAAAAAAUCCGAUUGCUUUAUGGACAAUUUUUUUUUUGCGACAGCGCACCCUCUGGGGGCAAAAAACCAAGUUUUUUGUUUGUUUUCGCACUUCGCGUCCCUUUUAUGAAGUUUUAUUAUUGUUUACUCUCGACACGAGAGAAUUAAAAUU